AUGGUGAGGAGAAGGGUGAGGGAAGGAUACAGGGUGUUCCAUAGCGUUAAGGAGAAGGACAUUGCUCUCUAUCAUGGGUUGCUGAAGGGGUUGCUGAGGAUCAAACGAGCAGGAGAGGCCACCGAGGUGUUCAGGGAGAUGAUCUCCAGGGGAUGUGAACCGAACAUGCACACUUACAUUAUGUUGCUCCAGGGGCACCUUGGAAAGAGAGGUCGGAAGGGGAGGGAUCCAUUGGUGAAUUUUGAGAGCAUAUUUGUUGGUGGCUUGGUGAAAGCUGGGAGGACAUUGGAGGCGACUAAAUUUGUAGAGAGGACAAUGUGGGGUGGGGUAGAUGUGCCAAGGUUUGACUAUAACAAGUUUCUGUACUAUUUCUCAAAUGAGGAGGGGGCUGUAAUGUUUGAAGAGGUCGGCAAGAGAUUGAGGGAGGUUGGAGUAAUUGAUCUUGCAGACAUUUUGUCAGCCUAUGGUGAGCGCAUGACCACCAGGGAUAGGAGAAGGAUAGCAAUGAAUGGACUUCUCAAAUCAGUUUAG